AUGCCGAAAUUCUACGAUCCCAAUCAACCGGAGCAGUAUCUGAAGGCUCCUACUCUUUUCGGACUGUUUCCGAUCAAAAAGGUAGUCACCGUCAUGCAGAUAAUUUGGUUGUCCCUCCAAAUUGCGUUUCUCAGCUUCGUUGAUUUGGCACCACUUUUAAUCUUAGCAAAUAUUGUUUCGAUUGUUUUCUGUGCCUUUGUUAUCGCUGUAUUCAUUGUCGAGAAUAAAAUUCUGAUGCGUGCCCACUACUGGAGCGCUCUCGUUUUCAUCAUCGUCGUCAUCGGUGUUCUUUUGUUCGGCACUACCAGCAUCCUAUUGAAUGUCUCUGCCGGCAACUUUGAGCUGAAAUCCUUGUGGUAUUUGAUCGGUGGUCUCCUCUUUUUUUGCGCUCUCGUGAUCUACGUGUCAUUGUGCCGUAAACUCAUCAGGGCCCUCGAUCAACAGCCAGAUAAUCUUCCAGAUUUGGAUACAACUCAAGGACUAUUUCAUUUCAAUCGCGAUGCUUGCGAUGGCUCUGAACGGGUUAAUCUCAUAUAUCCAGAAGUCUAA